AUGGCGUAUGAACCCGGCAGACUGUUUGGAACAGAGCUGGACCAAAUAAUGGAAGGACUGUCGGACAAGAAGGGCAAAUCCCUUCCCCAACAGUCCUUUCGUGGUUGGGGCAAGAGCUAUCACUUCUGCAAAACGAGUUGGGGAACUCCAAGCUUUUCUGCUUUUGAGCCGUACACCAAGUUCCUGCAAGACCGGGUGCUGCUCAAGUUUUUAUCGACCUUUAUUCCAAAGGUGCCUUUAUUCAGCAACAUCAACCAGGUGAUUUCCCUUCCAGUUUUGGCUCCUCUCCCCUCCUCAGAGGAAAGGGGUCUCCAUACCCUCGACUUUUCGAGAUGUCUCAGGAUUUACCUGGAGCGGUCCAAGCAUCAUGUCGGUUUCCGUUGCGCUAAGCUUCUUCUUCAGUAUGGCGCUCAUGUGAACAGCCUGUCGGAGGAUGAGGAGCUGACGCCCUUGCACGUGGCUGCCGGCCACGGGUUACCCGAUCACGUGGCCCUUUACCUGCGGCAUGGUGCUGCUGUGGAUAAGAGAGACGUCCGCGGGGAGACGCCCCUAAGUGCGGCCUGCAGUCACCCGCAGAGCGCCGAGCAGCUGGACAGUUUCUGCCGAGUGUGUGCGCGGCUGAUAGAGGGUGGCGCCGACAUCCACACCCGAGACCGCGACCAGCAGAGCCCCCUCCAUCUGGCAUGUAAGAGCGCCAAUCCUCAGACCGUGCAGCUGCUGCUGGAGAGAGGCUCCGCGGUGAACGCCAUGAGUUACAGCGGUAAUACCGCCAUGCAGAACGUCCUCCAGGUGACGGCAUACAAGCUGCAGAACCAGCCGGAGCACAUCGUGCGGGCGCUGCUGAAUCACGGCGCCAUCCGGGUGUGGCCAGGAUCCCUGAGAAAGGUCCUCCGGCACUGCUGCUCCUCUCCACGCACACUGGAAGUUCUACUAAAUACCUACAGUAAACUGCGAGGCACCGACGACUGGGCGGAGGACGUCCCCGAGGAAGAACUGCAGAAAAACCCUGUCUUCUUCCAGUCGGUAUUCUCACUUUCUCGCAGUCCACGCUCUCUCCAGCACCUGUGUCGCUGUUCUCUGCGCUCACAUCUUGAAGGAAGACUCCCGGAUACGCUCCCCAAGUUACCUCUCCCACCUCCGCUCUUGCAGUUUGUACAACUUGGUUUUGAAGGUGUCCUGUACUGAAAGAUAAAGUGGGAGAUACAACUGUCCUGCACCCUUUGCUUGUAUUAUAGCCUAUAUUAUACAUAUGUAAUACUGUG